UGAACAAUGACUUUCUCCGGCCAUUGCCUCUGCCGUGCAGUAACCUACAGCGUCGACCCGGCCUCUCCUCUCGUGGUCUACUGCCACUGCGAUGACUGUCAGCGCAACACCGGGUCCACAUACGCCCUAAUCUUGACAUUCCCCAAGGAUACGGUGCAUAUCCAGGGUCCGCUUCGCACCUUCACCAAUGUGGGCAGCUCAGGCCUUGCCGUGCAUCGCAGCUUCUGCGGGGUCUGUGGGAGCCCGAUAUCCGAUGUUGCGGAGAGUGCGCCCGAGGAGAUCUCCAUCAAGGGUGGCUCACUGGAACCGGAGUGCAAGAGACGGUUGCAGCCCUCGGAAGAAUUGUGGACGGCUAGUAAACUGUCCUUCUGUCAGGAACGGUUGCCACAGUCUCACUUGCAUAUGCCCGAAUGAUGGUAUCUGUUGAGAUUCGGCUGCAAUUGGUGAGGAUUCGCGUUCGUGCAAAGCAAGUGUGAUUGCGUUCUUUGGAGUAUUGAGGAGGCACUCCAUUGGGUUUGUGAUGGGUGUGUAUGAUGAGCCGAACUAGAGCGUUUUAGACCAUCUUCCAACAAGCCAGUUU